GAAGCAGGAUCUGCAAAGGCAAAGGGGUCUUGUUUCCACCCCCACCAGCCUUUUUUGGGGCACUUCCAUCAGGCCGACGUGGGGCAGCAGCAGCAAAAGUGGGGGCUGCCCUCUGGGAACUGCCUCCCUUCCAGAUCUGCUGCCAGGGACACUAGAUAGAUCUGGACUGAGCUGUUUCAGAGCCUGCCUUGAACUGCGCAAGGAACCAGUACGUUGCUGUGGGGUCCAGCAUGCUGUUCGGGAUCUAUCAGGCGUCUCUGGACUCUGCACUUUUAAGCACUUACGUGCCCCAUCAGGACCUGUCGACCAUUCCACUUGUCCCCCGAUCUAAGAUGACCCCCACUGAGAGGAAGACCAGGCAACCGGCAGCGCCGUCCCUUUCUGGAUAUGUAUGACUGGCCCUCCAGUGUCAGAGGCCGGAGCGAAAACUGGGAGCCUGUGAGUCGCACACAGGCAGUUCCUGGCACCCCCAUGGCCUGGCUUGGGGAUGAAUGGGAUGGAGCCGCAGCACAAUGGAUCCAGCAAUCAGAGUGAGCAGGUGCCUACUAGCCUGCCUUACUCACCGCUUGCCACAGCACUCAUCCUGCUCGCAGUGUUGGCUGUGGCCCUCGUGACACUGCUGGGGAACAUACUGGUGGUGCUGGCUGUAUACACCAGCAGGGCCCUUCGAGCCCCACAGAACCUCUUCCUGGUGUCUCUGGCUGCUGCGGACAUCUUGGUAGCCACCCUCAUCAUCCCCUUCUCCUUGGCCAAUGAGAUCAUGGGCUACUGGUGCUUUGGGGGCCUCUGGUGCAGCCUCUACCUUUCGCUGGAUGUGCUCUUCUGCACUGCCUCCAUCAUGCACCUCUGCGCCAUCAGCCUGGAUCGCUACUGGGCUGUCACCCGGGCUGCCCGGUACAACCUCAAGAGGAGUCCGCGGAGGAUCAAAUGGAUGAUUGGGGCCGUCUGGGCCAUCGCUGCCUUUGUCUCCCUGCCGCCCCUUUUCAAGUCCACACACCAGGAUCAGGUGUGCCUCUUGCAUGAUGACACUUGGUACGUGCUGGCCUCCUGCACCGCCUCCUUCUAUGCCCCCUGUGUCAUCAUGGUUGCCGUCUACUGCCGGAUCUACCACGUGGCCAAGCGCAGGACCUCGAUUGUCAUUGCCGCAAGGCGGGUGUCCUAUCCCAGCCUCAUCACAGCAGUCAAAUGGGACACCCACAGUACCCAGCAGCCUCCAAGUGAAAUGCAGGAUGUGGUCUUGGAGCAUGGCCAGCUUCCGCAACCGCAGCCCAGCUUGCCCCGGCUCCCUCGGCAGUGGCGGGUGGAAGAGGUUGGCAAUAGUGGUGCCCGGCUUCAAAGGGCCCCAAGGCUGUCCUGGUCAAUCCCCGCCAACCGGCAGAAACGCAGGAGCAGGGACCUGUCUCUGUCCACCAACAGGCUAGUGCAGGCCCGGGAGCGCAGGUUCACGUUCGUCCUCGCGUUCAUCAUUGGAGCGUUUGUGCUCUGCUGGUUCCCAUUCUUCUUCACGUACAGCCUCGAAUCCGUGCUUGGGGACGGAUGCUGCAUCUCCAAGCCCCUCUUCAAGUUCUUCUUCUGGAUUGGCUACUGCAACAGCAGCUUCAACCCCAUCAUCUACACUGUCUUCAACCGGGACUUCCGCCGGGCCUUCCAGCGCCUUCUGUCCCGGGCCUACCCUCUGCCCUGUCGAAAAUGAGGCUCUGGCCCAGAGAGCUGGUGGUGCCUGAGAGAAACGCAGUGGUGCACAGGUGCUGUUUGGGGCCUGGGUGCAAGACACAGGGAAGGGAACUGGAGGAGCCCAGGGAACGGGAUAGUUUUGCCAUCUGUUCUACUGAUGAACUUGCAGUGAAGUGUAGGUGGCCUGUCUGUGGCAUAAAUGCCAACAGCCAGCACGGCUUUUGUGCUGCACCUGGACAGGACCUGGAGGGCUUGUUGGCCUGGUGAGGCUGCAGUCAGGCUUACACUCCUGCUUGCCUCUCCAGAACUAGGCAGCUGUGUGCUCACGGGGACUAAACACUGGGAAGGAAUGGAGGGGCUGUCUGUGUACUUCAGUGUAUACCAGCUUUCCCAACCUGGUGCCCUGCAGAUGUUUUGCCUUCAAUUCCCAUUGACCCCAGCCAGCAUGGCCCAUGGACAGGAAUGCUGGGAAUUACAGUCCCACCCUUCUGGAGGCACCAGGUUGUGGAAGGCUGAUAUGUGCCACAGCUGCUGUAUUCCCUGCUUGUGACUUGCAUGACAGACUUGCAAAAUGUUUGGCCCUUGCUGUGAGGCAUGUGCUCUGUCUCUGCUAACUUGACCUAGCAAUCCAACUAGGUUUACCCUGAACAGGCACAAAGGUCAUCACUGUCUACCCGCACCAUUCCCUUGUCACUGCUGCCCUGUGGGAAGGGGAAUUCAGUGAGGUUGUGAGAUGUAGGGGACCUAUAUUAGAGGGAAUUCAGUGGGAUGACUUGUUCCUGUUUAGGGACUGAAGACUUCAGUUGAUUCUGCCUGACUGGCAUCUGAAGGAAUUGUGGAAACUCUAAGAACUUAAUAACUGCCUUUGUGGAUCCAGCUGAAGAUCCAUCUACUGGUUCAGCAGCAAUGCUCUGUCUGCAACCAGGGCCAGCCAGAUGGCGCUGGGAAGCUCACAAACAGGACACAAUGGAGACAGAACUGUACCUGCUUGUUUGGUCAGGUCUCUAGUAGUAGCCACAGGCAUCCAGCCUUUGAAUGUUUUUUUCCUGGUCACCUGAGAAGCUGCAUGUUUGUCCACACCCUCCCCUAAGAAAGCAGUAAUAAAGAAGGGCUAGGCAACCUCAUGGAUGUCCUGAGGGCCCUGUGUUCUGUAGCUGAAGAAGUACUUCGGGCAAGGAGCCCGCAAGGUUCCAGGGAGCCCGUCCCACCACACAGUUGUGACUUUGCAGAAAAGGAGAAGUGUUGCUGUCUUCCCCAGCUUCCCGUGUUUGCACAAGGAAGAGAGGAUACCUCCUGCAGGGUCAAGGGUGCUGCUGCUGGUGGUGGUGGUGGUGAACUGUUCUGUCACACAAAACUGCUGUUUUAUCUUAGUUUCAGCAAAGAAACUCUUUGGAUUCGGUGUGGGGGGGUGCUCAUGCAUAUGUCCACCUCAUCUGCUUCUUUGCUGAUCAGAGGGGAGCUAGGAAACGCAAGAAGGAAACCAGAUGCUGACCGGUGAGUCACUUAGCCGUCUGGAUUUGGAAAGCAUUACGCCAGAUCUCUCUGCCUGGCAGAUACCAGCGGUGGGCAUUGAAAAAUGGCCUUCUCCAUCACUCAGGAGGUGUGCUGCCCUUGUGGACGGCUUUGACUAAGGCAAAGGUUCAACCGUGUUGGCGGCCUCUCUGGGAUGUUUGACUGUUUCUUCUCAAAGGCCCCCAGGAGGUGACAGCUGGCAUCUCUGUCCAGCAAUGUUGCUUUCCUGUUAACUGCUGCAGCAUUUCAAGUUGGAGGUUGAAGGGGCAGGCAAUGCCUGCAUCCCGCUAUUUGGGAACACCUGACUGUAGCUGUUGCUCUCCUUGGUAGCAGUUGGUUAUUCUGCAAGCUGGAGCUGGUAUCACAGCACAGCAGCCUGCCCUGUCUGGUGCACCCCUCCCAAACAACAGAUUAAGUGUUUUGCCACAAGAGUGACCCUAUAGCUGGAUAAUGUAAUAUGUAAACUUGGCCUUCGCUUCCCAAUAGAGUUGAUUAACCAUUAAGAAUGCCUCUCCCCUGCCAAAUAUGCCUACCAUUCAGCAGAAGGUGAUAGCAUUUUUAUGCCUCAGGCAUUGCCUACUGUAUGACUGUAGAAGACUAAGACACAAAAACGGCUAAUGCUUGCACAAAAGAAACCAGGAACUCACCGUUCCCUGUAAACAGGGCAGUCCAAGGGUGAUGCAAACUGGGCAGGUAUCCAUGGAGAAAGGCCCUCUUAAACCCCUUGCUAAUCUGCCCCAGUUCUAGAAGCCCAGAAGGGUUCUCAGCUCUGUACACGCCUUGCUGAGGGAGGCACCAAGGGAGCAGGUUCUCUGGCCUUGGAUAACUGUAGACAAGGCCCGAAAAUAAAAGUCCUGUCUUCUGGCACAGUGGCCCAGCUUCUCCAUUGCCUGCCAUGUUCCCAAUGUCCUGCACCAGACAGGGCAGGUUUUCCCCCAGCUGGACCUUGGUACUCUCUCCUAGUCCUUAUCUUUGACUAGGUUCAUGAAAGGUGUCAGUGGUUCAUCCCCCUCUAUAUAAGCCCUAAACCCCGGGCAAGUCUGCCCCAGAGAUGUGCCCAAGCCAAGUGCUGUAUUGAUGUAGGAUCUUCCCCACUUGAUUUCACAGGGUUAAAUAUUUGCAUAUUCAUUUGUGAUGUUUUGUUCAGUCCUAUUAAAGGUUUUGCCCAGUUGUGGAUUUGGGAUUUCA